AUGUUAUUGGCUGGUAAAGUUGCUUUAGUCACUGGGGCGUCACGUGGCAUUGGUAAAGGUGUUGCUAUUGAGUUAGGUAAAGCAGGAGCAACUGUCUAUGUCACUGGUCGAAGUUCAAAUAAGCGUGACAACACCACCAAUCAAACAAGAUUGGAAGAAGUGGCCAACACAGUAAAUAAAUAUUACAAAAAAGUUUUUAAAACUAACUUCGAUAAAACCUGUAACUUUAUAGAAUGUAUUCCCGAUAUAACGAAUUACAAGGGGAUUGAAAAAUCGUUCGCUGUAACCGGGUUUCGUUAUAACCGAAGUUCUUUUAUUAAAGAACCAGUUCAAAAUUUGUAUCUAGGGGAUUAAAAAAAUUGUUAUAAAGGAGAUUUCAACCUUAACGAGGUUUUACUGUAAUAUAAUUAUUUUAUUUAGAUUAAAUCAGCAGGUGGUAAUGGGAUUUGUGCUUAUGUUGACCAUUCAGACUCAAACGAAGUAAAACGUUUGUUCGAACGCAUAUCUGAAGAAAACCAUGGUCAACUGGAUAUUUUAGUUAAUAAUUCUUAUGCCGCUGCAAAUGUAAGUACAAUGUAAACUAUUUUAAAUUUUUUUGCAUCAAAAACGUUAAUUUUGCAAUAUCGAUGUAUAAAUGGUUAUUUUUUAGUUCAUCCUCAGCAACAGCCAAAAAAAGUUUUGGGAAUACGAUGUGAACCCAGAAGACGCGUAUGACAUUGUCAAUAACGUUGGCUUACGAAAUCACUACAUAUGUACUGUCCAUGCCGCUCGGCUCAUGGUGAAACAAAAAAAAGGGCUUAUAGUCAAUAUCGGAAGUUUGGGAGGGAUUAAUUACUUUUUAAACGUCGCUUACGGGAUUGGAAAAAGUGCUUUGGAUCGUUUAACGUCGGACUCUGCUACUGAAUUAGCUGGUACUGGAGUAAGCGUAAUUUCCUUAUGGCCUGGCGUUGUAAAGACGAAAAUGGUUCAAAAAUGCGUACUGAAUGGAGACAGAAAAGACGUAACGAAAAUAAUUUACAAUUUUUAAUAAAAGUAAUUUACUACAAAAAAUAUUCCCUAUUCUUUCAGAACAUAUACAAGUACUUUAAUAAAGGAGAGACAAGUUAUUACCCAGGAAAAUGCAUUUUAAAACUGUUCACGCUUGAAAAUUUGCACAAUCACACAGGUGACAUUAUAACAACUACUAACGUGGCUAAGAAAUUCAAUAUACUUGAUACUGAUGGGAGUAGGUUGCUUAAAAGCAUUUAUAUAACGAAUAUUUAAGUUAAAAAACGAUUUAAAAUUUUUUUAGAUAUUGUUUAUUUAGGGUUACCGGAAGACCCGCAUGUUGUACGAUAUUCUGAAUACAUUACUCAAAUGAACAUGGUGCACACAAGUGAAAUAAAAUCGGUAUUAAAAUUAAAAUAA